GCCAGACGUGCCUGGAGUCACAGGGUAAAACGCGUCGCUCCCCUCCACCCCCUCGCUCACAUUUAACCCAGCCUGCAGCCUUCCAAUUACUUCUCCUCAGCUCGCCGGCGCAGGGGCGCCCCUCUCCAGCCGCCGCUCGAGCGCUGCCAAGGAGCCGGGGAGGACAUGACCAGCUGCCGCUGACUUGACUUGACUUGACUUGACUUGACUUCGCCCAGCGCAGCCCUCGGCAUCCCCUGCUCGCGCCCGGUCCGGCGACUGGGGUGGGAGGCGACCCGGGUCUCUCAUUGGCUUCGCCUUGAGUGGAAGGGCUGUUCCGGCCGGCCGGGUGCCAAGCGAGCCUUCGGAGAAGCCGAAAGCCCAUGGAGCGGAUCCCCAGCGCUCAGCCUCCUCCCGCUGGUCUGGGCAAGCUGGCUGCGCUAGAGAACGGCGACAUGUCCGGGUUGGACUUUGCUCACAUGUAUCAAGUUUACAAGCCCAGAAGAGGAUUGAAAAGAGGGGACGACAGCAAGGAGACCUAUAAGUUGCCUCACAGGCUGAUUGAGAAGAAAAGGCGUGAUAGGAUUAAUGAAUGCAUUGCCCAGCUGAAAGAUCUUUUACCAGAACAUCUCAAACUUACAACUUUAGGACACUUAGAAAAAGCUGUUGUUCUUGAACUUACGCUGAAGCAUGUCAAAGCAUUAACCAGUCUCAUUGAACAGCAGCAACAGCAGAUCAUAGCUCUCCAGAAAGGCUUACAUGCUGAUGAGCUGCCAUCACGGAGUCUUGAAUCUAGCCAAGAGAUAUUUCGGUCUGGGUUCCAGAUGUGUGCCAAAGAAGUGUUGCAAUACCUGGCCAAGCAUGAAAACACCAAGGAACUGAAAUCAUCUCAGUUCAUGACCCACCUGCACAGAAUGGCAGAAGCCCUGCAGAGUGGAAUCAGCCGAAAGCCUGGAGAUGCCAUCCCAAAACUUACAGAUCUGAAGGAGAAAUCUGUAUCUCUGACCAAAGCUGCUGAGGCACAUGGGAAAAACUGUGUGCCUGUGAUUCAGAGAACUUUUGCCCACUCCAGUGGAGAGCAGAGUGGUAGUGACACAGACACAGACAGUGGAUAUGGGGGCGAACUAGAAAAAAGUGACUCUAAAUCUGAUCCACAGUAUUUUAAAAAGGACACGGAGCUCAAGUAUGCUGCCCAAGAGAGAAUCAGCUCUAUUAAACAAGAAAACGAGGAUCCGCCAGCAAAACGGACCAGGAUGGACAUGUCAGAGGAUGAAGACCAUUUUAGUAAUAACAUACUUGGCUCUUCCUCCAACAGCUGCUUAGGUCCACACCCCCACCAGCCUCCCUUGUGUUUGCCUUUUUAUGUUUUCCCUCCCUCAGCGACAGCCUACCUGCCUAUGUUGGAGAAGUGUUGGUAUCCGGCCUCUGUGCCUAUCUUGUAUCCAAGCCUCCCAACAUCCACUGCAGCACUUUCAGGGUUAAUGAACCCAGAGAAAAUGUCUUCUCCUUUGCUACUGCCUCAUCGACUCCCUUCACCUAUACCAUCCCAUUCCCCCAUGGACUCUACUGCUUUGCUUCAAGCUUUGAAGCAGAUGUCUCCUUUGGAUCUGGAAACCAAAGACUAAACAAGAAGAGCCUUUCUCUUGAGAUCUUUUGUUCCAUUUGGUUGAGUUUGAAAUUAUUUUGGAUUUGUCCCCAUUCUAAACAGUCUGAAUGAAGAGGGAGGGAGGAAUAUCAUGUAUGUUUACGGAAGCCCAAGUCCUAGAAAAGAUUUCAAAGAUGCGCCCCAGUUAGUGAAAAAGAGGAGAGGUGUAUGUGAUUGUUAUAUUAAAAUAACGUUUGGAUACGCUUUUAACUUUCAGCUAUCUGAGAAACAAGUCAGCUAGGAUUAUAUUUUGAAGCUGUGAAGGAAAACAAAAAGAUUAAACAGAUUUAGAGAGUGUGCAGAAAGAAAAAUGUGGUACGUCUGAUGAGGACUUUUCAGGUAAUGAACGAAGGAGUCAAAAAAAUCAGAGUUGGACACAGUGGGUUCCCUAGCCUUCUGGUGCCAUUAGUAUCUGAGAUCUGUAACUUAACAUCUAGAUACAUACACAUCUAUUAUAACAUUGCUAUGAAUCCUUUUAGUAACAAUCAUAGACUAGUAAAGCACAGUAAGUGGUUCAGGGAAAUUUUGAGACUAGUUUCUUGCCCACUUCUGCUGAAUACAGCCCUCCC